UACCGCAGCGAUAAGCAUCGCUAAGAUGUAAAUGGAGAGCGGAGAUAAAAGUCUGGUGAGACGGUUAUUGCAGACGCCAGCAGCGCUAGAAAACGGGUUUUCUCGUCAUUUAGGAUAAGAACAGCCGUCCAGUGAUAAUAACAGCGGCUUCUCCAGCAACCGUAUAAGCCAUUUUUAGUGAAUACGAAUGGCCGGAGAGGUUCGCGGGGCCCUUGGCCGGAGAAGGAGCGUGUUGUUCGGCCUGGCUCGGUCGGGCCUCCGCGGUCCACAAUGGCGGACUUUUAUCCUCAUUUCUGCUGCUUUUGGAGGACUCGUUGGACUGUCUGCUGCUGAAGCUAAAGAGUGCGACAAGCCGUGUGUGAACGGCUGGUGCGACCCGGCUAGCGGCAGCUGUGUGUGUGAGCCGGGCUGGGUAGAGGAGCAGUGCCAACACUGCGGCGGCCGCUUCAGGCUAACUGGACCUUCUGGUUACCUGACAGACGGUCCGGGGCACUACAAACACAAAACCAAGUGCACAUGGCUCAUAGAGGGACAGUCAAACUCUAUUUUGAGGCUGCGCUUUGAUCACUUUGGCACCGAGUGCAGCUGGGAUCACCUAUAUGUAUACGAUGGAGACUCCAUAUACUCUCCUCUACUGGCUGCAUUCAGUGGUCUGAUUGUUCCUGAGCACUACAGCAAUGAAACAGUUCCAGAGGUGGUGGCUGAAUCUGGAUAUGCUCUCCUCCACUUCUUCAGCGAUGCAGCCUACAAUCUCACUGGCUUCAACAUCUCCUACAGGAUAAAUAUGUGUCCUAAUAACUGCUCAGGCCGCGGUGUGUGUCGUCUGGCUAACUCCAGUGACGUGGUGCAGUGUGAGUGUGAGGAGGGCUGGAACGGCGAUGCCUGUGAUGUUCCCUACUGUGCCUCGAACUGUGGCUAUCCCGUGCGAGGUCGGUGCCAAAUCAGUGAUAAACGGUGCCUCUGCAACCCUGGCUGGCAAGGCCCUGAUUGUUCAGUGUCAGUACCUGCUAAUGUUUCCUUUUGGACACUUGUGGAGUUCAGUGGACACAGCCUGGCACGGGCAUCCCAUAAGGCUGUGGUGCAUGAAGAUGUCAUGUGGGUGAUCGGUGGUCACAUGUUCAACUACACAAAGUACCAGAUGGUGAUAGCAUUCAAUCUCACCUCUCAGAGCUGGAUGUCUCUGAAUCGUUCAGCCAACUCUGUUACUGCACGCUAUGGUCAUUCUCUGGCUGUGCACAAGGAUAAGAUUUAUAUGUAUGGUGGGAAGAUGGAUUCCACGGGGAACGUGACAGCUGAGCUGUGGGUGUUUCACAUAAGGAAUCAAUCAUGGGAGCUGCUGAACCCACAAGCUAAAGAGCAGUACGCAGUGGUGGGCCACUCUGCUCACAUUGUUCACAUCCAGCCUGAUGAGCCAGUUAUGCUCGUCAUCUUCGGUCACUGCCCUCUCUAUGGAUACAUCAGCCAAGUGCAGCAGUACGACAUUGGGAAGAACAGGUGGAGUAUUUUGGAGAGGAAUGGAGCACUAGUUCAUGGGGGCUAUGGCCACAGUAGUGUCUAUGACCCUCAAACACAUUCUAUCUACAUCCAUGGUGGCUACAAGGCCUUCAAUGCCACAAAGUAUGGCCUGGCUGGUGACCUGUACCGCUACGAAAUCAACAAUAGCAUGUGGUCAAUUCUGAGGGACAGUGGGUCUUAUCGCUACCUCCACACAGCUGUGCUAGUAGGUGGGAACUUGCUAGUAUUUGGCGGAAACACCCACAACGACACAUCCAUGAGUUACGGUGCCAAGUGUUUCUCUUCUGACUUCAUGGCCUACAACCUGGCAUGUGAUGAGUGGACUGUGCUGCCCAGACCUGAACUUUACCACGAUGUCAACCGCUUUGGACAUUCUGCUGUCUACUUCAACGGGGUGAUGUAUGUGUAUGGAGGCUUUAACAGCUUGAUGCUGAGUGAUAUGUUGAGGUUCACUCCUGCCAACUGUUCUGCUUACACUGAAAAUGAGUGUGCGACGGCUGUGCCAGGUGUGCAGUGUUGGUGGAAUUUUACCACCAGUACAUGCCAUCCCUGGGAGACGGGCAAACUCCAAGACACAGAGAAAUGCCCUCCCCGAGUGUAUGCAAGCAGUGAUAAGUGUGACCAGUACACUGACUGCUACAGUUGCAUAGUUAACACCAAUGGUUGUCAGUGGUGCUCUGAACGCUGUGUGCCCAUCCACAACAACUGCACUGCUUCCUUGGGUGCAAUAACAGAGUAUGAUGCGUGUCCUAAGGGUGUCCACUCCUAUGUGUGUAAUAAAAAGACCAGCUGUAAGAGCUGUGCUACUGACCAGAACUGCCAGUGGGAAGCCAGGAACCAGGAAUGCAUCGCUCUGCCUGAGAAUAUCUGUGGGGAAAGCUGGCACCUGGUGGGGAACUCGUGUAUGAAGCUUAUUACAGCUAAGGACUCGUAUGACAAUGCCAAGCUGGCCUGCCGCAGUCACAAUGCCGUGCUGGCCUCACUAACUACCCAAAAAAAGGUGCAAUUUGUCCUCAAAGAGCUGCAGAGCAGAAAUGCACAUGUGAGUGAGGCUCUAAAUCAAUCCAAAUUGGUGACUCCAUGGGUUGGUCUGAGGAAGGUGAAUGUGUCGUACUGGUGCUGGGAGGACAUGUCCCCGUUCAUUAACACCACGCUGCAGUGGUUACCUGGAGAACCCAGUGACGCUGGCUUUUGUGGCUACUUGGCCGAGCCCAAUUCCAGUGGCCUGAAGGCAGCACCCUGCAUCAACUCCUUCAACGGCAGCCUAUGUGAAAGAUCAGCCAACCACAGUGUGAAGCAGUGUCGAACUCCCUGUGCUCUGCGCUCCUCCUGUAGCGAGUGUAUAAGUGGAGGUGCCGAAUGCAUGUGGUGCAGUAAUAUGAGGCAGUGUGUCGACUCCAACACUUAUGUGGCUUCCUUCCCCUUUGGUCAAUGUAUGGAAUGGUACACCAUGAAUAGCUGCCCACCAGAAAAUUGCUCUGGAUAUAGGACAUGUUCUCAGUGUUUGGAUCAACCUGGUUGUGGAUGGUGCACUGACCCCAGUAAUACAGGGCGAGGUCAGUGCAUGGAAGGCUCAUACCGUGGACCAAUCCAAAACCUCCUGCAUGCCCCUUCAUCCUCAAGACCUUCCCUCAUACCAGCGCCUCAAGCACUGUUGAAUGUGAGCUGGUGUCCACACGAGAAUAAGUACAACUGGUCCUUUAUCCUGUGUCCAGCAUGCCAGUGUAAUGGUCACAGUGCAUGUGUCAAUGAGAGUGUAUGUGAGAAAUGUGAAGAUCUCACCACUGGCAAGCACUGUGAGAGCUGCAUAUCUGGUUACUAUGGUGACCCAACCAAUGGGGGCACCUGUCAGCCCUGCAAGUGUAAUGGCCAUGCCAGCAUGUGUAAUUCAAACAAUGGCAAGUGUUUCUGCACCACCAAGGGCAUUAAAGGAGACCGCUGCCAUCAGUGUGAAGUGGAGAAUCGUUACCAGGGCAACCCCCUAAAAGGAACCUGUUAUUACACUUUGCUGAUAGACUACCAGUUCACCUUCAGCCUAACUCAGGAGGAUGACCGCUACUAUACUGCCAUUAAUUUUGUAGCCACACCAGACGAGCAAAAUCGAGACCUGGACAUGAUCAUUAAUGCUUCCAAGAACUUUAACCUCAACGUCACCUGGGCAACCAGCUUUGCAGCUGGUACGCAGUCUGGAGAAGAGGUUCAUAUUGUCUCCUGCAGCAAUAUUAAAGAGUUCAAGGACAGUUUCUCCAAUGAAAAAUUUGAUUUUCGGAGCAAUGUUAAUAUCACCUUCUUUGUUUACGUCAGCAACUUCACCUGGCCAAUCAAAAUACAGAUUGCAUUUUCCCAGCACAGUAACUUCAUGGAUCUGGUACAGUUCUUUGUUACCUUUUUCAGCUGUUUCCUGUCUCUUCUCCUGGUGGCAGCAGUUGUAUGGAAGAUCAAGCAGAGUUGUUGGGCAUCACGGAGACGAGAGCAACUCCUACGAGAGAUGCAGCAGAUGGCCAGUCGGCCAUUCGCCACCAUCAAUGUUGCCUUGGAGACGGAUGAGGAGCCGCCUGACUUGAUUGGUGGAAACAUGAAGGCAGUGCCAAAGCCCAUAGCUUUGGAACCAUGUUUUGGGAAUAAAGCAGCAGUGCUGUCCAUCUUUAUCAGAUUACCCAGAGGCCCCGGAGGCAUCCCAACUCCAGGACAAUCAGGCCUGGCGGUAGCGAGUGCCCUGGUGGACGUAUCUCAGCAGUUGUGUGUGGGAUAUAAGGAGAAAUCUGGUGGGCUGCGCAACCGUAAGCAGCAACCGAUAGCACAGCCAGCUACGUGCAUCUGACCUUUACUUUUCACCCCUGAUUCCUGAGCUUUGACCUCCGCCAGGACUAAGCCACGGACACAUGCAACCCAAUGGCGGGGUCAUAUACUCACAGGUGGAGCAAGGAUGCAGUGUUAUUGGAGAACUGAGACUCCCAGGCCAUGAAAUGGACCCACAUGGAGAAGGAAACCCAAGAAGGCGAGGGAGAGAUGCACGGAUAUAGACGGAGGGAAAUGGCAGGAACCCUUUCUCAUCUCUAACUGACUGACUGCAGAUAGGACUUCUGACUCGUAUCUGCUAUGUGAUAUUUAACUUAUUACUAUUCUGAUUUUAGUCCCUUUUUAUGCUCAGGAGGAGGUUCCCCUGCACUGCUGCACCAUGGUCUCCAUGGCACCGUACACCCAGAGCUAGCUAUUAUAUGUACACUUACCUUUCAACACUUGCCAAAACAAACACAAGUGGGGGUCAUUCACGAAGCGGGUUGUCUGUGUCCCUUAAAUCAUGGCUCUAGAUGCAGUAUGAUGUUCUAGGUUUUUGAUGGUGCGUGUUUGUGCAGUUUCAUGUGCGAGCGGGUCAUUUUCACAGUGAUAUUAAGUCAUGCCAUUUCUGUUUGUGAAAAGCAGCUGAUUUAUUCUCAUCUUUUCACUUCAGUCAUUUUCAAUAGUUUCUGACACAGAUCAUUGCUCCGUUUCCUUCUCAGGAGUAUUUUAUCGGUGUUUUAGAUUCACAGAAGGCCUCCCCCUUUCCCGGUCUGAUUUCCUCUCUUCUUGCUACCCACAACCCUAUAUUCUGUAUUCCUUCUGAGACUCCAUGCCAUUUCUUACCCUCAUUCAAGCUUCUGAAUUAAACAGAACCUGAGGGAGCUGAGAGUGUAAAGGCGAAGGCCUCAGGAUUAAAUCUGACCAGCAGCUUUGAGAGUUUUUCAAAAUGCCAAAUGCCAUUUUAGACAUUGUUUUGCACACAUACGGUGGUAGAGUACUUGCAAUUACAUUUACUCAUGUGAGUGUUUGCUUUUGUGAUCGUUAGGGUUAAAGAGCAAGCUUUAAUGUCGACAAAAUUGGCAGAUGAGAAAUGGACAAAUAUGACAUUAUGAAAUGUAUAGCAGUGGGCUUUUUGUUAGAUGUUUAAGUGCAUAUUUGGUCUGAUUUAUUUUAAAAUGAAUUUUUAGACAUGUCUUAUUCUGAGUUCAUUCCAUUAGAUUCUCUUUAGGUAGAGCAAGAACAACAAUAAGAGGGUGUCGAGAGGAGAGUCUCAAUUCAGUAAGAUUUCUGUUCAGUUUUCUACAUGACCUGAGUGUACUAAUAUCUCAGUUUAUUGAGAAGUUUAUUUUUUCAUGUAGAUUUUUGAAUUCCAUCUCAACUCCUAAUUCUUUUCCACUAGAGUAUGUCCAGAUGCAGGUGUGUUUUGUGUUCUCUUGCUUGUUCCAUGGAAGUGUCAUUUUGGUUAUUACUCUGUGCAUUACAUUGUCAUGCACUUUUUUAAUAUAUAUAUAUAUAUAUAUAUAUAUAUAUAUAUAUAUAUAUAUAUAUAUAUAUAUAUAAAAAACGAGUUCUGACGAGUCUGCACAAUGGAACUGAGAUUGGUUAUACAUCUCCAAUUGCCUACCUGUCAAUUCCCUUGCAAUGGCUGAGCCAUGAUUGACGUGACACAGGCCUUUCACAAAUAUUAUGGUUGAUCAGACUGCUGCAACCAAACAAGACCUUUCAUAGCUAAAUCACACACAACUGAGAACUGCUGUGAUUGUAAUGGGGAAACUGCCUUUCAGGUUGAUGGAUUACGUAUUAAGAACAUCAAAAUGAAGUAGCACCAGUAGCUUGGGAGCUAUUGAGAACAGGACUGUCCACUUUAAUAACCGCUUGAUGGGAAGUGACAUGGGAGCUCAUUUCCACAGUUUUAGGCAGCAUAUAAUAAGUUGUAAGAAACUAUGUAUGACAAGCACUCUCAUACUGACCUUGACACACGUAGUGUAUAACGCACAUGAACAGGGGCUAGUCUUUUGGUUUGGGAGCCAAUUAAUAGAUUAUUUCAGGUCUCAAAGAGAUCUUUUUCAAGUCCUACGCCUCAAUCCCACCACCUGCUUUCUGUACAGUAAUCACUGUAGAUAUCAGGAGCUAUAGUUUAAUGUGUAUAAUGGAGCAGCCGAUGCACUCUUUUUGUAACAUAACGAUAAACAUUAAUGUGAAUGCCAUUUCUGUUGAAUGACUUGCUUGACAGGUGGAGUAUCCCUAGCUUUUACAGUGGGAUAUCACUGCAGCUUCUUUUUGUAUGUAAGAUAGCGAAUGUCAUCAUGAACAAACAUUAAAUUAAGCACAAAUAUGUGUAAAAAAAAAAAACAGUAAAAUAAAUCUUGGGAAUUAUAACUGAAGUUGUAAUUAUAAAUGUACAUAGACAAUUUUUGUCUAUAAUAAAUGCUGAAAUUAA